GUGAUCACUGUAGGGCAUGAGCUGAAAUCUACGACAGAUUGCCGAAGGUAGCCUAAACUGACAAACUGUCGGAGGUGCAAGGAAAGUUUGCAUGUGCACGUGGGUCUAUUUAUUUCGGUUACAAGUCCAGUCAUUCAAUGAGCUGAUGAAAGAUGAGUGCUGUCAGAAAAGGAAGGAAAAAGAAAAACACAUUUGGUGCAACAUCUCCACCUUUUAUAGAUUACUUGAAAGAUAUCCUCAGGAGAUAUCCAGAUGGAGGACAAAUAUUAAAGGAGCUGAUACAGAAUGCAGAUGAUGCUGGAGCUUCUAAUGUGGUGUUCAUUCACGAUGAGAGGACGUAUGAGAAGAACAGCCUGCUGAGUGAAGACCUUGAAAAGUACCAAGGUCCUGCCCUCUAUGCAUUCAACAAUGCUGUCUUUGCUGAAGAAGACUGGCAAGGCAUUCAGGCCACAGGAAGAAGCGUCAAGCGCAAUGAUCCAAACCGAGUGGGGAGAUUCGGGAUUGGAUUCAACUCAGUCUACCAUAUUACAGAUAUGCCAUAUAUAUUCAGUUCCAAAUACAUUGGGCUGUUGGACCCACAGGAGAAGAUAUUUGGAGACGGACAGGGAGGUUACAGAUGGUCUCUGGAUGAUGAUGAAGACAGAAAUGUCCUUUUCACCUUGAGAGAUCAAUUUCAGCCCCUUCGAGACAUUGUCAAACAAGUCAGUGACAGUACAUGGGAGAAAACCAUAGAAGAGGAUCAGUUUUUCAAAGGGACUCUUUUUCGGUUUCCUUUGCGCUGUGAAUCCUCAGAGAUAUCUGAUAACUUGUAUGAUUCCGACAAAGUUGUUCAGCUUUUUGACAGUUUCAUUGCAGAUGCAGACAUUAGUCUUCUUUUCUUGAGACACGUGUCUGAUGUCUCCCUGAUGCACAUUGACCCCUGUGGAUCUGUAGCCGUAAAACUUAAAGUAUCCUUGUCAAGCAUCCCAGCAAGUUUAGAUUCAGGUAACACAGACAAGCCCACAGAGGGGUCAACGCUGUUCAAAAACAUUUCUUCUGCUUCACUUAGUGAUGGAGAGAGAAAUACUCAGUGGCUUGUCACAUCAUACUGCUUGAAAAAGGGAGAGGUGGCAAAGAUAGACUUGCUUGCUGAGAAGCUGUGUUACCAGCCUCAAGUUGACUUGGCUUUUCCCUGUGAGCCAGAGAACUUUAUUUCUGAUGGACGUCUGAGCUGUUUCCUUCCACUUCCAAACAAUGAUCCAAACAGGACAGGGCUGCCAGUUCAUAUCAAUGCAUGUUUUGGCCUGACUGAUAACCGGCGCCAUAUUAAAUGGCAAGAUGAAGACCAGAAGAAUGAUGAAGCUGCUCAAUGGAAUGAACUUCUGAUGACUAGCGUUCUUCCUCACACAUACUUGAAGAUACUUCUUGAUUCCAUCCAGUGUUGCAGAAACUCAAACCUUACUGUAACAUCAGUCUACCAGUUGUGGCCAGACAUUAUCCAAAUGCAGCAUAAGGAGAAAUGGCAUGGAAUAGCAAGAGAUAUUCUAGGACGUCUACUGAAUAACAAAGCCGUGUUCUCUUUGGCUAAAGAUGAGAAAAUCUGGGUGACCCCAUCAGAUGCUGUAUUUCCAGAUGAUGAUCUUGAGGAGCCUGUCUUAUCAUCUGCAGUGGCCAGAGUUUUGAUUACAGAGAAUGAAAAUCUUAUCGAUAUUCCAAAGCAUGUGUUGAAUGACCUGAAAUGUGUCUUUGCUGAACGGGACACUCUACAGUGGAUCUCCCCAAAUUUUAUCAGGGAUGUUCUUCGCAGAGCUAGAUUAGAGGAGGUCUCACACAAAGAAAAACUUUCCCUUCUGGAGUAUGUCUUCAGCGAUAAGAAUUACCAGGAGCUUGAGGGUCUACAGCUUCUACCACUUGACAAUGGGACCUUCGAGAAGUUCACAGACAGCGACGAAUCCACUGCUUUGAUAGACAACAAAGAGUUUCCAAGAGAACUGCUACCAUUUUGCAAAGGAGCGUUUAUAUCUCAGGAGCUGAACCACAACAGCCUUUGUCACUUGAAAAAUAUAGCCACACAAGAAAUAUUCAACAUCAUCAACCUGGAUGCACAAAAUGUGGCUGAUUUAACCAAGAAACAUUUACCACAUGACUGGAAAAAUGGACUUGACCCUGUGCUGUGGGAUAGAGGUAAUCCAGAACAUCCUCCUAGGGGGUGGUUAAUAGAGUUUUGGAAAUAUCUGAGUGCCAACUGGGAGGAAUUAGGCAACUUUGUUAACCUGCCAUUAUUACCUGUGGAAUCACCCACAAGUGAUUCUAAGUCUGUAUGGUUGGCAAAGCUACAGAAAAAAACAACCUUAGUGUUUCAGCAAAACAAACACAGUAGCCUGUCUGAACACAUUCAGAACGUAGUAAAGAAAGUUGGGGGAACUCUCAUAAAACAGGAGCAGUACCUCAAACACCAUGACAUCGAAGCCUUUGUUCUUCCACCAUCACCUAAAAGCCUGCUGAAGGUCUUCUUAAACCUGAGCAGCGAUCAGGUUAUCAGUGGAAUCCACUCUGCAUCCUGUGCUGAAAAAGAGGAAAUCAAGUCCUUUCUCUCUUCUGUGGAUUCUCUUUCAGAUGAAGAGCAAAACAUAGUCUCUAAGAUGCCUCUAUUCCAGUUGAUGACUGGUGAAUAUGUAUGUGCUAAAUCAAAACAUGCAGUGGUUUUGAACUCCUCACCAGUCAUUCCCGCUGACCUCCCCAUUCCAGAUUCUGUGGUCCAGUGUGCUACUGAAGCAGAUCGUAGACUUUUGGCAACCCUCAAGGUUGAACUUUUGGACACAGCACAGCUGGCCCUUCAUUUGGUGAAAUGCAUAGAGGCAGGUUCUUUUACUAAGCAGAAUGAAAAGAAAACAAUGAUCUGGAUAUUACAACAUGGCUGUGCCCUCUUCUCUCAAAAUGUGAUGUUAUACAAGAAAUGCAAAGAUCUGACCUUCAUUGAAAUUGAAGGACAAUGCCAGAAAGCCAAAGCUUCAAGUCUUUUUGAUCCAAGCAAUGACACCUUCAAAAAACUGUUUGAGCAACAUUUCUUUCCUUCUGUCGACUAUGUAAUGACUCAGCAGAUGCUCCAGAGCUUACGCCAACUUGGACUGCAGUCAAAAGAGAAGGAUAUAUCACCUGACAAUGUGCUGGAUGUCGUCAGAAGUCUUGAAAAGUCUUGUGGACAUUCUGACGGAAAAGCAUGGAAGAAAGCAGAUGUUCUUCUCCGAGUGCUGAAUGACAAUGAUAUAAUAUCUAAAUUCUUUCCAAACCAGCUGGAGCAAUUGCAAAAGAUACAGUGGUUUCCUUGUGAGAAUCCACACACGCUGACUAAAGAAGAUAAGAAAAAAUGUGAAAACAGACAUUUUUAUAAACCAUGUGAAAUUAGACAUUCAAUGUACGAUACUGUUGUUGGCCAUGUUAUGCCACUUGUUGCUGAGCUAAAUGAGAAAGUCUGCAAACAAUUGGGACUAUUGAAUCCACCACCAGCUGAGAAAGUCAUGGAGAAUCUAUCGGUACUAAACUCAAUGUCACAAACUACACCUGAUCUUGACAAAGAUGUAAAAUUCAAAACAAAGUUGCAUGAUACAUACAAAUUCAUGCAGGACCAUAUUGGGCUUUUUAGGGAGAUGUUGAAGAAAACAUCUGUGCCUUGGCUAUGGAUUGACAACCACUUUGUAUCACCUUGUGGUGUGGUUUUGGCAUAUCCCCCUGAAUUAGAUCUGAGUUCUUACAUUGAGAGGGUCCCAGAGGAGUACCUGCCAUUUGAAGUCUUACUGAGAGAGGUUGGAGUGAAGUUAACCCUUUCAGAAGAUGAGAUUGAGAAAAUACUUCAUGAUGUCAAACAAAGAAUUGAUGAAAGAAAUCCUCCCUUUGGAAAGCCCACUGAGCUGAAGUUGUCCAUCAAUGUCCUGAACUGGUUGCGCAAGCAGAAUAAACCUGCCAAGUAUGAUACUCCAGUGCCAGUAAUGGCAGAAAACCAAGCAUUCACUUUGCAGCAUGCCUCUAAGACUUUGUUCUGUGACAUAAGUAAAGAGGGUUUAACAGACUUGAAAGAAGACAAAGAAGAUUUUUAUGUCAUUCAUGAAGAGUACUUCCUGGUACUUCCUGUGACAGCAGAGUGGCUGAAUAUCCCCCUCCUCAGCACGCAAAUCCUAAACCCAGAGUUCAUUGGAAUAGAGCAGUGUGGUCAGACAGAACCCAUAACUCAGAGAAUUAAAAACAUCCUGAAGGAGUAUGAUGAGGACAGUGACAUUUUCAAAGAGCUCUUACAAAAUGCUGAGGAUGCUGGUGCUAAAACUUGCAGAUUCAUAGUUGAUUUCAGGAAACACAAAGACUCCCCUGACAGUGUCCUUGACAGUGGUAUGUCCCUUUGUAAUGGCCCUUGCCUUUGGGCAUUCAAUGAUGAACUGUUUUCAGAUGAAGACUGGACCAAUAUCACAAAAGUGGGAUCUGCCUCAAAAGAAAAGAAAGUGGAGAAAAUUGGAAAAUUUGGAAUUGGAUUUAAUGCAGUAUAUCAUGUGACUGAUGUUCCUUCAAUAUUGAGUGGAGAGAAACUCCUAAUUUUGGAUCCAAAUGUAACACAUUUGAAAAAGCUAAUUCAAAAUAAAGGAAAUCCUGGAAUCAAACUGGACGCGUUCCAACAGAGAAUUUCCCGAAGGUUUCCAGGACAAUUCAAAUCAUAUCUAGGCAUUUUUGAUUGCGAUUUCUCUGAGAAAAACACUCAAAAAUGCUACAAGGGCACAUUAAUGAAGUUGCCCUUUCGCAGUCCAGAGGAAUCCAAAAUAUCUGAAAUCAGUACAAAGGUGUAUGACACAGAUCGUAUUAUGGCUUUUCAGCAACACCUGACUCAUAAAUCUCAAACUCAUCUGCUUUUUCUGAGAAAUGUAGAGGAUCUCUCUCUUCGGACUUUGCCAGAGAAUGCCACCACACCCCCAACAGAAGAGCAAAUGGAGACUCUUGUUCAGAUCACAAGAAAGGUUGUGGGCACAGUUCCAAUAUCUGGAAGACCGAAAGACAGUCAAAGAAAGUCUGUUACCUUUUUGAUGCAACGUCAUUCCAAGUGUGCUGAUGUAAUAGAUAGUUCUGCUGCAAGUAUCAGUGAAGUAAUUCAAAACAAUGUUGAUGUACAUGAUGUCCAGUACUGGCUUCUUUAUUCUUGUUUCGGCACUCACAGUUCGCUAAAAAUGAUCCAAGAAGAAAAUGAGCUGAAUAUAUUCUCUGUGCCAAUUGGGGGACUAGCUGUGCCUUUGCAAAAAGAACCUCAGACUGGGAAAUGGGCAGUCAAGAAGAGCAGCUUAGUUGGACAGGCAUUCAGUUUUCUGCUAAUUCUGCUUUCUGUUAAUAUCAAUGGUUCAUUUGCUGUGAUGUCAAACCGUAAAAGUCUGUGGGAGACUGGAGUGUAGGCAGAAUGGAACAAAGCCCUACUGAAGGACGCCGUAGCAAAUGCCUACAUUACCACCCUACUCAUCUUGAAGGAAUUAUCAGAAGAUGGAAACCUUUCAGAUUAUCCUUACUACACAUUCUGGCCAGAUGGCGAGAAAGUAGGCAACACAUUUCAACCAUUAGUUGAUGCCUUCUACUCUGCAAUUGUGCAUGGAUUUUGUACUGAAGAUCUUGAGCUCUUCAGUGAUGGAAAAAAGUGGUACUCACUUAAUUCCGUGAAGUUUUUGGACCCAGGCAUAGCAGAACACAAGGAAGUUGGAGAACUUGCAGAGAAGAUUUUUCUGAGCCAUCACAGCCAAGGAUCUCAUGCUGUCCCACUUCCUUCAUGGGUGAGAAAAAGCAUGAUAAAGAGUGGCUUCAAGGACAUUGUCAAGGACAGAACACUCAGUUGGACAGAUUUUUUCUGGGAUGUGGUGUUUAGAAAUUUAGACACCUUGGAAUCCCAAGACAGAAAAGCCAUGAUUCUCAGUGCCAUUGACCUCAAUAAUGAUGAAGUGGAUGAACUACUGAAAGUGCAUCGCUGCAUUCCUUCACAGAGUGGUGAACUCCGAUACAUCAGGACAUUGGUGGAUCCAUCAGGGAAAGUGGCUUGUCUGUAUGACCAGGAGGAAGGAAGGUUUAUUGAUGGUACCAGAGAUGACUUCUGCUCUCCAAAAAGGAUGCCCAGGCUGAUAGCCUUAGGAAUGCUAAGUGAUCAUUUGCCUUUAGAGGAUGUGACCGAAAGAGCAAACACCAUCUUAAAGGUCUGGGAAACAGGAAACAGAAAAGCCAUGAAACGUCUUGAAUGCUUGUUUGAAUUGAUGCAGGAGUUGUCAGUUGACCAAAAAUCUCACUACUGGCAUGCACUUCAAAACACACCAUUCAUCCCUGCAUGUUCACCAGUGAAUAAACAGCUAAACAAUGAUUUGACUUUUACACUGAAAAAGCCAUGCGAGGUUUAUAACUUCUCUUGCCAUUAUUUGGUGAACAUGACUGAAUUCACAGUUGACCAUAAACACCUUAAGAUCCGCGAAGAUAACGUUGUCCUUGACAAACUGGGUGUGCGCAAAACACCACAACCUUACUCAGUGCUAAGACAACUGGAGGAAGCAUCACGAUGUGAUGUACAUGAUCAGGUUCUAUUAAGCAGAAUAGUAUAUAAAAGCUAUGAAUACUUGAACAAAUUGCUUAAUGAUGAAAAUCCAACCCAAUCCAACCACACCCUCAUUGCAGAAUUUGCUAAAUCAUUCCCCUUUGUCUUUGUGGACAACACAUUUGUACAUGUGAGAUCAGUGGCAAAAUGUCAAGAGUUCGAAGCCAAACCAUAUCUCUGUGUCCUACCAAGUGUCUUUUCCAGGUUUCACACUCUUUGGGAAUGUGUUGAUGUGCAACAACAAUUUACCCCUGAACAAUUUUCUGCCGUUCUGCACGAGAUAGAAAGUAAAUACGGGCCCAAUCCUCUUUCCGAAGUUGAUCUAAAUAUCUGUCUGGACAUACUGAGAAAAGGACUGCUUAAGUAUGAAGAUGCAGUUUCACAGAACUAUCUUAUUCCUGAUGAAAACUCUGUACUGAGACACAGUUCUUAUCUUCAUUACAACGACAGCCCAUGGAUGCCAGUGUCGGCGGGUGUUACUUUGUGUCACAAACUAAUAGCAAGGGAAGCUGCAUGUCAUUUUGGUGUCAGGACAACAAGACACCGCACACUAGAUGAUAAAGUAGUUCAUGGCUUUUCACCUUAUGCAAAAGAAUUUGGACAACAGGAAAAACUAACAGUCCGAAUAAAAAACAUCAUAGAAGCAUAUCCUUCCAAAAAGGACAUCAUCAAAGAGCUCAUUCAGAACGCAGAUGAUGCAGAAGCCACUGAAAUACACUUCAUUUGGGAUAAGAGACAACAUGCCAUUGAGAAAACAUUUGGGAAGAAGUGGAAUUCUCUUCAGGGUCCAGCUCUUUGUGUGUACAACAACAAGGUGUUUACUGAUGCAGAUUUGCAAGGCAUUCAGAAGCUUGGUGAAGGUGGGAAACACGGACAAUGUGGAAAAACAGGAAAAUACGGUCUUGGAUUUAAUUCUGUUUAUCAUCUCACAGAUUGUCCAGCCAUUUUAACAGGAGGCAAGCUUUGCAUAUCUGAUCCACAUAUGGAAUAUUUGGAGAUGGCAUCAAAAGAGCAAUCAGGAUGCAUGUACACGUUGAAAGAUCAAUUUAAGAAUUCAUUCAUGGAUGUCUAUCAGACAUUUCUGCCAUCACAAUUCAACCUUGAAUCUGGAACUAUGUUUAGGCUUCCUCUCCGAACAGAGGAAAUGGCAGCUAAAGACCAUGUCAAGAAAAUACAGUUCCAUACAAUCAGCCCUGACUCAGAUGAAGUACAUACUGGAUGGUUGAUUGAAAAGCAACUAUCAGAGGAGAGCAGCAUUAAGAGAGCAAACUUCCAAGAUCAGGUUCAAGAUUCCCAGGUCCCAUGCCAGGUCAUCUAUCAUACGAGUAUCUCCUCGUCAGAUUCAAAAAGCAAAAGACUGAGUCACUGGGUCAUUGCAGAACAGUUUGGUGCCCUUAGAACCACUUCUGGCCAAAUGAAUGAGUCUGAUGUUUCACAGAUUCCACAGGCAGCUGUGGCAGCUUGUAUUGGAGCAAAGACAUCUGAGCCCAUCUUCAAGGGAAGACUAUUCUGCUCGCUCCCUCUGCCUGAUGGGGAAACCGGUCUGCCAGUUCAUGUCAACGGGAAUUUUGAAGUUGACUCUUCUCGAAGGGACCUGUGGAAAGAGGAUGCAGUGAGUCCUAAUACUGUGUGGAAUGAGUCACUCAAGCUGGACAUUAUUUCACCCCUGUAUGCAGAUAUUUUAAAGCACAUACAAACGACCAUUAGAAUAACCCCUCUGAGAUUUUUCAGUUUAAGAUCAGAGUUAGAUUCUUCAUUUCUGAAAUUCUUCCCAUCUGUUUCAAAAGUCGUUAAGAAAGAAUGGCAUGGAAUGAUCAAUCAUGUAUACAAAUCUAUACAUGAAAGAGAUCUCUCUGUGAUACCUGUUUUACAUACUUCCCAUCAGGAGGUGGCAGAGAAAAAGCCAUCAAUAGCAUUACAUUCAGUUCAACUCUACACAGUCAACUGGUCAAAUGUUCUCAAGCGCAAUCCUAUGGAUUCUCCUCAUUUUAGUGGCGAGUUCAAAGCAGAUCUUUUUGAAAUUUUAGAGGACAUUGGAAUGAAAGCUGCGCCUUGGUCUCUGAAGAUAUUCACAGGUUUUAAAACUGCAGGUGUGGAAGUGAUGAUGCUGUGCCCUGAAACAGUGCGGGAGUACUUGAGGGAAAAACCUCUUAAUGAUGCUACAAAAACAUUGGCAACCUUACCCUUACCUGUUGAUCACACGCUCCUUAAAGACAAAAGGCGAUGUCAGUUACUCCUGGAGUUCUGUAUGGAUGAAGUUGAUGAGAACAACAUUAAGUCUAUCAAUGGACUUCCUCUUCUCCUUACUCAAGAUGAGACACUAAGGUUUUUUGACUCGGGAUCUCCAAGGCAGUAUUCUAGAUUUUGGGAUAUAUUUAAGGGACAAAAAGCAGUCUUUGCAGAUUAUGACAUGAACAUCAGUCACAGUGAAACACUUCAAAAGGGUGGUUAUCUUCAGAAAUUGACAAUACCUGUUGCAUCAAAGUACUUCAUACCUACACUGAAUGACCUUCAAAAUGAAGACAAACCUCCUGCCUGGCUAAAACGCCUAUGGGAUUUUUUUGAAGAACAAAUCAACCGAGAGGCUAUCAAAUCAGAAUCAAGUAAUACUUUCAAUGAGAUCAAGAAAGCAUUCUUUGACUCUCCUGUUCUUCCAGUCAUCAGCCCAAGCCAGAAUAACAAACAUUUUCUGAAAAAAAUGAAGGAUCUUUCAAGUGUUCUUAAGGAAUCAUAUCCAGAAAUGGCAUCUAUCUUAGUCAAAUUAGGUCUUGUGACAUUGAACUGCUCAUUUUUUUACGACCACUGUUUAAAGAGGUUCAAUGACGUGCUUUAUAAGCAUUUGGUGCCUGAUCUCCUCAUGCCAGAUAACAGCAGUGCUGUUUUGGAACAAGUGCUCCAGAUUCCACAUCCAAAAUUCAAAAGCCUGUCCAAUGAGGACUUGGAAUAUCUUCAGGAUUUUCUUCAAAUGGGAAUUAGCACUUCCAAAAAUCCCCAGGAUUAUCAGAAAAGGUUCAAGUCAUUGCCACUGUUUCAGACAGUGCAGGGUGAGCGACAGAGCAUUGAGGGAGAGGACAAUGUGUUCAUCCUGAAGACAAAAUAUAUUACAAAAUUUCCAGAUUUGUUUAACAUUGAUAUAAAAGGGCAUGUUUUUCUCGAGCACAACAUGGUCAACAAACGGCUGUCAGGGACAAUGAACAUCAACAUUUUGACUGAUCUAGAAUUGUAUGUGAAGUUCCUGCUGCCCUCAUUAAACACAUUGACAGAAAUGCAAGUGAUUGACUCUCUUCAGCUGCUGUUGGUCUUAAUAUCCAAUGAAAAAUAUAAGAGCUACAAUGAUCAGAUUGUGGCUAAACUAUCAAAUGUCAAGUUCAUCAGAGACAUCCAUGGUACUCUUCAGUUACCAUCUUACUUUUUUGACGAAAAACAAAAUCUUUAUAAAAUCAUGCUCCCUCAAGAGAAAUUUGUACCACUUAAGUUCUGGAAACUAUUUGACCAAGAUGCAAUGAGGGGGCUGUUGAAGGAACUUGGAAUGAAACAUACUGUCUCAGAUAAUGAGAUCAUUGAGUUUGCACAAACAAUUGAGUCAGAAGUACAUGGCAAGACCUCAGUUCAAGAGCUCAGGAAGAAGUCUUCCACAUUAUUCAAGGAAGCUCUGAAAUUCAGUGCCACUAAAAAGAACAACUUUUUGAAUAGGAUUUCAACCAUCAAGUUUGUUUUUCCUUUGCCAAUUCAGAAAAAGCUGUGUCAGUACCACCAACCAUUUGCUGGUGAAAGAGAUGUGGUGGCAAUCAGAGGGUCUUUAAAUGAAACAAACCCUGAUCAUCAGUAUCUGAUCUGGUCUACCAUGUCAAUACUCCCCACAGCCAACCUUCCCCAGUCUUAUCUCAAAGAUUUGGAAAAAACAGGAGCUUUUCAGCAACCACCAUGUGAUUCAGUGGCCCAAAAUCUUAAAAACAUCUGUCAGUCAGAAUUUAACAUUAAUAUGAAAGACCUCAGAAAAAAAGUAUUUUGCCAAUCAUAUGCAUACUUACAAUCAAGAGAAUCAGAGAAUUUCAGUGGAUCUCAGCUUCAAGACCAGCCAGUGGUUCUUGUUGAAAAUAACACUGUACUUGUGCAAGCCAGUCAAGUAGUGCUUUGCCUCGAUGACUAUGAGGAGUUCAGGCCGUAUCUGUAUAAAAUCAGUUCAUAGCAUGCACUCUACGCAGACUUCUUCAAAAAGAUAGGUGUGGAGGAAAGGCCAACAAUUAGUCAGUAUUGUAAAGUCCUCAAGAAUAUUUACAUGGACUCUGAAGGAAAAGAAACUCUCAAUCCAAAUCAGCAGUCGACAUUCAAACGUGCCGUCCAUCACCUUUUCCAGCUGAUAAAAACACAACCAGAUCAAAUACAAUUCCAGGAGAAUUUGUAUUUGCCAUCAGCAGAUGGCAAACUGCACAAGUCUAAAGACCUCUACUUCAAUGACACAGUCUUCCAGACGAAAAGAUUGGAGGACUCACUGAAAGACAAGCUCAGCCUCCUAACAAACCUGGGGAAUUGUUAUCUUGGUGAGGACAUUUUUGAACAUCAGAAGAUGCUGUUGUUGCUGCCUAAAGACAGUCAACCCACAAUGUUGUCUCAUGUCAUCUCUGAAAGCCUUGUGGAUGGUAGUGUGAAACUGUGUCAAUAUGAAAACAACUGUGAGUUCAGGGGUUGGUUUGAGAGACAUUUAAACUCCAGACCAUUUUUGGAUGGUCUCACAAGUUUGAUCAGAGAACAAAGUAAAGGCACUGUCUCUCGUGCUGAAGCUGUUGAACGAUGUCAAAAUACCUUCGGAAAACUUCAAAUUGUAUGUUGUGAAAUCCUUGAGACAGAGCUCUUCUUAGAUCAAGAUCCACUUGUCAAUACCACUUCUGAAACACAAGUGUAUGUUAAAAAAGAGACACAGGGUUGCACCUUCUACCUGAAGCACAGUGAUGAUAUGGCCUUUAAGAUAAUGCAUGAGGUGGUCAUUAGAUUAACCAAAGAAAUUAAUUCACUGCUGCAGAAUACCCUCUGCCCAGAUUUCCUUCUUGCUUUGGGCCAGCUUCUGUCAUGUGAUACCAUGGAGGAGGUUGAGAAGACACUGGAAAUGUAUGAAAUCCGUAACAGUGCCAGCAGAAAAGAAGGACUUCAACAUCCAGAUCCUGGAAGUCUAAUACCUGGGGAAUGGUAUGAUGCCCUCGACAUGAGUUUCAUGAACAAUUAUGAAAGAGGUGAAUAUGUUGGCUUCAAACAGACAUCAGAGAAUGAACAUUAUCACUAUGCAGUGGUUGUCGAACGAUUAGAUGCAGCAAGUGAAACAGGUCAAUAUUGUUGUAGAUACAAAAUACAGAUUGGCAAGGAAAAAUUUGAUGAAGUGAGCUCCCUUGAUCUUUACCAGUUUAAACGAGAAAAAACAUCUGCCCCUGGCCAACAUUUUUGUUGGGAAAUAGCACUGGUGGAUGGACCUCAGCCAUCACUGAAGAAAGACUUCCCUAAGACCUUUGAGGAAAUCAAAAAGGAAAUUGAUAAGUGUCUGAAAGAAAUCUGGACCAUGUCCAAAGACGACCAACACAAAGCCAUUAAACGCCUGUAUCUCAGGUGGCACCCAGACAAAAACUCAGAGCAGGAGGAGCUUGCUAAUGAAGCCUUCAAAUACUUAAAAAACAAAAUUGAGGAAUAUAAACAAAAUGGACAGAGUCAGAAAGGAACAGGACCUUUUAGCCGGUCAUGGAAUUUCAAAGACUUCUACCCUGAGUGGAAUUCUGAAGCAUCACGUCACCAUCAAGGGAGAAGGAGAUUCUACCGCAACAAUCACAGAUCCCAGUAUAAUUUUUGGUCCUUCCACCAGCAAAUGCCAAGACCAGACAAAGAGGAAGCCAAGCGCUGGUAUUUGCAAGCCCAGUGUGACCUUGAUGCUGCUCACCAUGACUCAGAGAGUGGAAGAACUGAGUGGUGUUUGUUCAAGGUUCACCAGGCUGUGGAGAAAGCUCUGAUUGCAGCAGAGUACAGAGGGAGAGGAAAACACUCGCCCAACUGCUCCAUCGUUGCUCUUGCUCAGAAAGUGUCAGGCUACAGCCCAGAUUUAAGCGCUUUGCCAGAACUUGUGAGCUGAUUAAAACACUUGGGUGUGGAUGGAAAAACAACUCAGUAUCCAAACUACCACCCUUCCCCUAAGAUUCCUAACAAUGCAUUCCAGCCUGAAAAUGAGAAGGAAGCUCUAGAUGUUGCACUGGAACUUCUGCAGAAAGUGGACUUGUAUGUAACAUACUAAUUAAAAGUAGGAUCUUUUUGUAACUUUUUCAAUUUUUUCAUUAUUCAUUUUUUUCAUAUUUGAGAUACUUAUAUGAAUGUAUGAUUCUCACUUCACUAAUAUUCUGCAUCAUUUAUUGUAGCCAUGAUUAAUCAGAGAGUCAGUGCACAGUUAAUCUCAAAGUAAGGUUAAGGGAACAGUGAAUUAUUCACUGAUUUGUUUUGAUUUUCUAUAGCAUUUAUUUUGGGCAAAAUGUAUUGGUGUCAAUGUUUUUCUUUUUUAUAUACAGUCAGGAUAUCUGACAAUUUAUUUCAUAGAAAACUUUAGGCAAUAUUCUAGAGUACUACUUAUUAAGUUUGCUUUAUGGUAGAUGUGAAUAUUCUUUUGUCGAUUUGCAACUUUAUGUAUUUUGCAGUGAUAUUGGAACCAAUAAAGACA